AUGACGAUUUUCGCCGAAAAAUAUCAGGGCCAUUAUAACUGUUCGUUAGGAGAUGACGGAAACGAUUUAAUAGCGCUGAACGAUAAUGGCUCAACUUCUAAUUAUCAAAAUGUUCAUCCCGAUGCUUACGUAUUACAAGAUUCUCAGAUAAAUUUUGACCACUCUUGGAGAUCUCGGGAAUAUAUGGCUUAUACGGAAGGUUGGCUUAACACUGAUAAUCCCUUUACACCAAACACGUCGUUGAGUUCUUCGGGUUCUCAAGUAAAUCUAAAUACCGAUAAUCGAGUCCAAACAAAUUACGAAAAUACUUUACGAAACCAAUCAUUCCAACCAUACCAACAAAUAUCAAAUAAUCAAUAUAUGAAUAGCUCGAGCGAUGUAGCAAACCAUAGUAAUGAUAAUAACGCUACAAUCAGUUUCGACAAGACAAAUUUCGACAUUCGUCAUUAUAAAUACGUUGUUACUACAAAAAAUAAUGAUACCGGUGAGUAUAAUACCCAAAAUAUACACUAUGCCAAACUUUUCAAUCCAUCGCAAAUCGAAUGUUUGGCAUCAGUCAUGAAUUCCAGAAAAAAGUUCAACAUGUUGGAAAAAUUUCUCACAAACAUUUUCAACCAAGAUGACUCGGAAAAGAUGUUAAACCAAAUUGUGCCUCAGAAUCAGAGUUAUAGGGAUAAUCAAAUACUCCUUAAAUGCUUUGCCAACCUUUUAUUGAACAAACACAAAUUCGAGGCCCUCUUUAAGUUACUCGAGAAUCGUAGCUUCGAUAAAGAACAUCACUUAGAACUACAGAGUCUGUGGUACAAAGGCCGUUAUCUCGAAGUCCAAAAUGCUAAGUGCAAUCUAGUUGGAACCACGACACACGUACCAGAUGACGAUUGUGACAAGGCUACUAUUAUAGCUAAUAAACUCAAACCGCUAGGAGCCGUGGAUAAAUAUAGAAUACGUCGAAAAUACCCCCUUCCAAAAACUAUAUGGGACGGGGAAGAGACCAUUUAUUGCUUCAAGGAAACCUCUAGGAGGGUUCUAAAAAAUUGUUACGAAAAAAAUCGAUACCCAACAUCCGAAGAAAAAAGAAAAUUAGCCCAAAGGACUGGUCUAAGUUUGACCCAGGUGUCCAACUGGUUCAAAAAUAGACGGCAGAGAGAUAGAUAAUUACAGCUGUUUUUUUAAAUUUAUUAUAGACUAAUUUUUUUUAUUAUUAUU